AUGAAAUCUAUACUGCUAAGCUAUACUGGCUUCGAGAAAGUUAACUUGCCGGAACUAGUCUAUGACCCUUCUCUGGAGACUUCUUCCCACGUGUUGUUAACUGUCUUGGGAGCGGAUGGUGUCGAAAAAAUUGUGAUUACGAAAGACUUCUAUUUGGGACACAUUCGGAAGUUUAUUCUGAAUCUCGAAACUAUGCAAUACGACGCUUUGGCUCCUGUCGACAAGAAGUUAUUCGCCAGGAGAACGGAACUUGAGGAUUUUCUGGAAGAUUCCGUUAUUGAGGAUAAAGAAGAAGAAGAAACCUCCGCCAUGGAGAAAAGUGCAGACGGAGAGGAUGACGACAAUGAGGAAGUGGAUGGUAGGGCUAAGAAACAAACAAGAAAUCAACGCUUAUUUUCAGAGAAUAAACAAAAAACGGCUCUUCUUAGUGAGAUGGUGGUACGGUUGGUUCCGGGUUUGACACUCUCUCAGACGCAUUCUUCUCCUGCUCCAGAAUCCGUUGAACUCGCCGAGAAGAGUGAUCUAAGCAUUGGCUCAUUUUUCGAUGCUGAGUCGACUCUAUGGUAUUUGUAUACCCAUUCUUAUUCAGAAAACGACAUCGAUAAAAAUCCUAACCUCAUGGCGUUCUCUCAAUUGUCGAAUAGCAUGUACGAGAGCUGUUUCACGGUGAUCGAGAAGAAUCUGGUUGAAGAGACGAUUGAGGAGAAGAAGACAAUGGAUUCUGCAACGCAGUCUGCUUCAAUUUCUUCAUCUUCCGACAGUGACCAUUACAAUGAAAUUUCGGAACAUUCCCAUGAAUUUAUCUUGUCUGACUUCACAGAUAGAAGACGUUGGAUGGAAACAAAAGCUACUAACUAA